AUGGAUCUUAAAAGAACCCAACUUCUACUUUUGUUCUUUGCUUUCCUGUGUGCUGGAGGGAGAAAACUCAACGGAGAUUCAAUCCCGAGAUGCAUACCCAUCGAAAGGAAUGCUCUUCUUGGGUUCAAAGAAGGCCUCAAAGAUCCCUCCAACAGGCUAUCUUCUUGGGUGGGCGACGACUGCUGCACAUGGGAAGGCGUGGCCUGUGACAAUCAUACCAGCCAUGUUGUCAAGCUAGACCUCCGCAACCCACACCAAUUGUCAUACUUCGACUAUCUUCCAAACAAGUGGUGCUUGGGAGGUGAGUUGAGGCCUUCCUUACUUGGUUUGAAACACCUGAAUUAUCUUGACCUGAGCAUGAACGACUUUGGAGGAAUUAGUAUCCCAGAAUUCAUGGGCUCAUUCCGUCAGCUCAAAUAUCUUAACCUCUCCUGGGCUUAUAUGAGUGGAUUGAUCCCACAUCAGCUUGGGAAUCUAUCGAGCCUCCAAUAUCUUGAUCUCAGUUAUAAUUAUUAUUAUGAUGACAAUUUUGAAGUUCCACCUGGAUUUCUCAUCAUUGAUAAUGCCAUCUGGAUUUCUCGACUUUCUUCUCUGCGAUAUCUCAAUAUGUCAUACGUGAAAUUCAGAGAAGGUGCUCACUGGCUGCAAGCACUAAACAUGCUCCCUUCUGUUGUUGAGGUACACUUACGACACUGUGGCAUCAACACCACUUCGCUCUCUCUUCCACAUGUGAAUUUUACUUCACUUUCUGUUCUUGAUAUUUCUAGAAAUUCCAUUAAUUCAACGAUACCUGGUUGGUUGUUCAACAUAAGCAGUCUCGAGUACCUUGAUCUCAGAGGUAAUUUUAUUAAUUCAACGAUACCUGGUUGGUUGUUCAACAUAAGCAGCCUCGAGUACCUUGAUCUUAGCUAUAAUUUCUUUCGAGGCAUCAUUCCGCCUGCAAUUAAGAAUCUAGCUUCGCUCAAGUCCCUUGAUCUAUCUGGUAAUCAGUUUCUUGAAGGCAAAAUUCCGGUUGAACUUGGGGAGUUAUGUAAGCUGCAGUAUUUGGGAUUGUCAGACAUUAAUAUCAGCAAAAGUUUGCAUGAACUUGAUAAAGUGUUUACUGGAUGCAUCAAAAAUAGUUUAGAAACUCUAUACAUGUGGAACACCCAGCUUGACGGUUAUCUGCCGGACUGGUUGGGAGACUUCAGAAAGCUCAAAUAUCUCGAUUUGAGUGGCAACUCAAUUUCUGGUCUUGUUCUUGCAUCACUUGGAAGACUUGCGGAGUUAGUUGUGUUAUCCCUCGGACAGAACUUUUUGGAGGGUGUGAUGUCUGAAGAGCAGUUUGCCAAUUUCACCAAACUGAAAUAUCUAGAUUUAUCACAAAAUCAAUUAAUUCUGAAUCUGACAUCUGAUUGGAUCCCCCCUUUUCAGCUUCAGAUGUUAGAUAUUGGUUCUUGCAAGCUGGAACCACGAUUCCCAGCAUGGCUCCGGAUGCUAAAAAAUAUUACCUAUUUAGACAUGUCUAGCACAGGAAUUUCAAAUGCUAUACCAGAUUGGUUUUGGAGGUCAUUUUCUCAAAUAUUCUGGUUAGAUAUCUUCAGCAAUGGAAUCACUGGCAGUGUACCAGACCUUACAGACUUCAUCCACCUUUAUUAUUUUAAUUUGAGUUCUAACCACUUCGAGGGACCUUUGCCAAAUUUUAAUUCUUCAAUAUUGUGGGUAGUGGACCUAUCAAACAAUUCAUUUUCAGGAGCGAUUCAUCUUGACAUUAGCAAAAGUAUGUCUAAUUUGGAAUAUCUCUCCCUUUCCACAAAUAAUUUAAGUGGUGAAAUUCCCUUGUCUCUUUGUCAUCUUCGAUAUGGCGCUCUUGAUCUUUCAAAAAAUCUAUUGUCGGGUGAGCUCCCUGAUUGUUGGAACCACUCUUCCUUUAUCAUUGUUAUGGAUUUUUCAAGCAAUAGUCUAUCUGAAAGUAUUCCUCCAUCAAUCUGUUCAUUACCUUUUCUUGAAUCAUUGCAUUUGAGUAAUAAUAAUCUUUCAGGAGAACUCCCUUCAUCCUUGAAGAGUUGUGCGAGAUUAAAUACUCUUGAUCUUGGACAGAAUGGAUUCACUGGUAAAAUACCUACUUGGAUAGGAGAAAGUUUGUUGUCUUUGAAGAUCCUUCGCUUACGAUCAAACAAGCUUGUUGGAAAUAUUCCUCCUAAUCUAUCAAGACUAGGGGCUCUUCAAAUCCUGGAUCUGGCUAGUAACAAUUUAUCAGGAACCAUCCCUUCUAGCUUUGGAAACUUUACUGCCAUGAAAGUGUCGGGGGAGAUGAAUGGAACCAUUUUAAAAAAUUAUACUCGUUACAAUGAAAAAAUGCAAGUGAUCAUAAAAGGAAUAUACAUUGAGUAUGCUAUAUUGCUUCCACUCGUGAUCGUUAUGGACCUUUCAAAUAAUAACUUAUCUGGAAUGAUACCUGAAGAGUUGACCAAUCUUUUUGGACUCGUGAGCUUAAAUUUGUCUGGAAAUCAUCUGACAGGAGAGAUCACAGAAAAGAUUG